AACUCGGUACCUUGAAGGUAUAACUAACCACAACCUUCCCCGAUCAACACCCACCACAUCAUACUGUGCAUAUCCACGACCACAACCAACGACUACUACUGCAACACAACCAAAUGUCGGUCCAAGGUCAAUGUGAUCCGCGCUUCUCGGCACUCAAAGCCGAACUCGAGAGUCAAUUGGCGUCUGGCAAUGAACUCGGUGCCUCCAUCGUGGUCAACGUCGACGGCACCAACGUGGUGGACAUUUGGGGUGGUUACGCCUCUGCCGACCACAAGAGACCAUGGACCGAGGACACCAUAGCCAACGUCUGGUCGUCCACCAAGACCGUUUCGGCGUUGGCCGUCUUGAUCCUCGUCUCCCGUGGUCUGGUCGACCCGGACGCCCCCCUGUCCAGAUACUGGCCCGAAUUUGGGGCUUCCAACACCCAAAACAAGACCCCCGUCCUGGUCCGUCACAUCAUAUCCCACACCGCCGGUCACUCGGGUUGGCGGGAACCCAUGACCCCGGAACAGUUGAUGGACCUGGACCUGGCGACGUCUCGGCUCGCCGCUCAGGAACCGUUUUGGGAACCCGGCACCGCCUCCGGUUACCACUCCAUCACCAUGGGUCACCUGAUCAGCGGUCUCGUCUCGCGAGUGACCGGUCAAUCCCUGAAGUCCUUCAUCGCCACCGAGAUCGCCGGGCCCCUGGGCGCCGACUUCCAACUCGGUGCCAAAGAGGCCGACUACGGCCGUGUCGCCGACCUGGUCGCCCCGCCUCCCAGCUCCAUGGAUUUCGGUAAACUCGACCCCGACUCGGCCACCGCAAAGGCCUUUGCCAACCCGGUCAUGACCGCGGAGAUUGCUCACACCCCGGCAUGGCGCGGCGCCGAACUGGGCGCCGUCAACGGCCACGGGAACGCCCGGUCCCUGGCCCGGAUCUUGUCCACCGUCACCCUGGGAGGGACCGUCGACGGCGAAACCUUUCUGACCCCCGAGGUCGUCGAGCGCAUCUUCGACGUCCAGGCGGACGGCACGGACGUGGUCAUCGGCAUCCCCUUGUGUUUCGGGGUCGGCUUCAGUCUCAACCGAGGUGGGACCUUGUCGACCGUCCCCUUCCUGCCCAAGUCCGGCCGGAUGUGCUUCUGGGGCGGUUGGGGUGGCAGCGUCAUCCUCAUGGACCUCGAGAGGAAGGUCACCUUCAGUUACGUCAUGAACAAGAUGGGUGAGGGCAUCAUGGGGUCGGAAAAGACGGCCGCCUACGUCAAGGCCGCCUACAAGGCCCUGGGGGUCGAAGGGUUCUAGAUUACAUUACCUGGGCAAACUUACCUACCUACCUACCUCCCUUCUUAGGGAACCAAAGAAAGACCGAGGAGGAUCGCUCAGAACGAACCUAGGUGGGUAGCCCAUGUCAAGA